UAAAACCCUUUCAGAAAACUUGAUUACAAAUCUAGAGAACAGGGGUUAGGACUGGGAACAGAAUAGAAAGUAAGAUUAAAAAUCUUUCCCCAGGAGGAGGCAGAUGGUUUCGCAGGUAAAGAGGCCUGCUGCCAAGCGUGGCUGCCUGAGUUCAGUCCCCGGAACUCGGAAGGUGGAAGGUGAGAUCCUCCAAAUUGUUCUCUAACCUCAACAAUGCUCUGAGGCUCGACGGUACUUACACACAUACACGGAAACAAUCAACCAGUCAAUCAAUAAACGUAAAAUAUUACAAUUCUUUAAGGAACCCAAGGGUAUUGGGUCUUUUAGGUAGGGGUCCAAAAUCUCUGGGGGUAGGGUUUAGAAUCCUUUGGACCGGCUCAUUCCAUCAUGGGGGGGAGGGGCUUAAACGCACUAGUGGGGAAGGGGGACUGGGAAUCUUGGGAGGGCGGGUCAAACCUUGGGGUCUGAGUCAGUCCUUCAAAGACUGGUUAGCGCCCUUGAGGAUAAGGUUAGCAAAGAAAUGCUGAAAUUCUUUGGAGGUGAAUUUAGGGCAGGAGACCAGAGAGCCAGAGUGGGAGUUAGGCUCUCAGAGGGCGGAGUCGGGGCAUUUGGGGGCGGGGUUUGCAUCACCCAGGGCGCGGCUAAGGCGCCCAGAUGGCCAGUGAGCGCCACUGGGUUGCGGCUCCCAGCUUGCACUCCCCGCGGCGGCUCUCAGACGGGUGGGAGGGAACCAAAGUCGCCCGUAAAGGCGGCUCUGACCCGCUCCGAGCGCCAACGCAGCCUCUGUAGCCCGCAAGUCUUCGUCGCUUGCUCCGGGCUCUCGAGUCCGGGGCCACCAGGGGCCGCAGCGCUGGGGGGUCGUUCUAGCUGCGAGGAUCCGGGCUGCCCACGAAGCGAAGGGCGGGCGCCCAGGAUGGGCUGUGUGAAGUCCAGGUUCCUCCGAGAUGGAAGCAAGGCCUCAAAAACAGAGUCAAGUGCCAAUCAGAAGGGCCCUGUGUAUGUGCCGGAUCCCACGUCCCCCAACAAGCUGGGGCCAAACAACAGCAACAGCAUGUCCCCAGGGUCUGUGGAGGGUUCUGAGGAUACCAUUGUGGUCGCACUGUACGACUAUGAGGCUAUUCACCGUGAAGACCUCAGCUUCCAGAAGGGAGACCAGAUGGUGGUGCUGGAGGAGGCUGGAGAGUGGUGGAAAGCACGGUCCCUGGCUACCCGGAAGGAAGGCUACAUCCCAAGCAACUAUGUGGCUCGAGUUAACUCUUUGGAAACUGAGGAGUGGUUCUUCAAGGGGAUCAGCCGGAAGGAUGCAGAGCGCCACCUCCUGGCUCCAGGCAACAUGCUGGGCUCCUUCAUGAUCCGGGACAGUGAGACCACCAAAGGGAGCUACUCGUUGUCUGUUCGAGACUUUGACCCCCAGCACGGAGACACAGUGAAGCACUAUAAGAUCCGGACGCUGGACAGUGGGGGCUUCUACAUCUCUCCAAGGAGCACCUUCAGCAGCCUGCAGGAACUCGUGCUCCACUACAAAAAGGGGAAGGAUGGGCUCUGCCAGAAGCUGUCAGUGCCCUGUGUGUCCCCCAAACCCCAGAAGCCAUGGGAGAAAGAUGCUUGGGAGAUACCUCGAGAAUCCCUCCAGAUGGAGAAGAAACUCGGAGCUGGGCAAUUUGGAGAAGUGUGGAUGGCCACCUACAACAAGCACACCAAAGUGGCGGUGAAGACAAUGAAGCCGGGGAGCAUGUCUGUGGAGGCCUUCCUGGCCGAGGCCAACCUGAUGAAGACACUGCAGCAUGACAAGCUGGUGAAGCUACACGCCGUGGUCUCUCAGGAGCCCAUCUUUAUUGUCACGGAGUUCAUGGCCAAAGGAAGCCUGCUGGACUUUCUCAAGAGUGAAGAAGGCAGCAAGCAGCCACUACCAAAACUCAUUGAUUUCUCAGCCCAGAUUUCAGAGGGCAUGGCCUUCAUUGAGCAGAGGAACUACAUCCACCGAGACCUGCGGGCUGCCAACAUCUUGGUCUCUGCAUCACUGGUGUGUAAGAUUGCUGACUUUGGACUGGCACGGAUCAUCGAGGACAAUGAGUACACAGCUCGGGAAGGAGCCAAGUUCCCCAUCAAGUGGACAGCUCCUGAAGCCAUCAACUUUGGUUCCUUCACCAUCAAGUCAGAUGUCUGGUCCUUUGGUAUCCUACUGAUGGAAAUUGUCACCUAUGGCCGGAUCCCUUACCCAGGUAUGUCAAAUCCAGAGGUGAUUCGGGCACUGGAGCAUGGGUACCGUAUGCCUCGACCAGACAACUGUCCCGAAGAGCUCUACAGUAUCAUGAUCCGCUGCUGGAAGAACCGCCCGGAGGAACGGCCCACGUUUGAAUACAUCCAGAGUGUGCUGGAUGACUUCUACACGGCCACUGAGAGCCAGUAUCAGCAGCAGCCUUGAUGGCAGGAAGGAUGUGAGCAGAGCCAGAAGCCCCAUCAGUGCCUUGACACGCCCAACCUGCGGGACCCACUCUCAGACACCACACCACACACACUGCAGCUGUCGAGUGGGUGGGAGGACUUCACAAUCCCUUUCUGACUCUAGUCAUCUGCAAUCCACCAAUCUCAGGGCCUCCAAGUUGGUACGUCUCAUUUGCCUGGAAUGACUGAAUUCAAUCUAUAGCUGUGAUUUAAGUGGGAAACUCUUAGAAUAGUAUUUAAAUAAAAGAUAUGAAUGUCAAAGGCUUUCCCCAA